CGACCUGGUGAUGUGCAGUGCAGUUCGUUCUGCCCUCCCCCACGAAAAAAAAAAAACGAAAAAAAAAAAAAGAAAAAAACCUCAGAAAAAAUUAUCCACUAAAGAUUUUCGGCUUCCUCUCUUCGUCGUCUCCGGCGAGUCUACUUUUGGAUCUCUGGUCGAUUUAUCCCGGUUUUACCAUUUUCUAUCCUUCUCUAUCAUCCAUAGAAAAACCCCUAAAAGAAUUCCUCAAGUUCUCGUCUAUCUCCAGUUGGAUCUCUGUUCCUUAGGUUUCUUAAAACUUCAGUCUGGUCCCUGAGUUGUGGCUGUUUUUCUCUCUAGGGUUAGGUUGGAAGAGCAAGAGGAGAGGGAAAAAAAAAGUUAGACAAAAAAAGAAAGUAGAAAGGAAGAAGGGUACAAAGUGUUGGUGAAAUGGCGGCGCAGAUUCAGGUUCAGCAUCAGACUCCGGUUUCGGGUCCGAACGGUGUCCUCUCUGGCGCCGGUACAAACCAGUUUGUGCCGACGUCGCUGUACGUUGGAGAUCUUGACUACAACGUCACGGACUCGCAGCUCUACGAUCUUUUCGGCCAGGUCGGUCAAGUCGUUUCGGUGAGGGUCUGCAGGGACAUGAGCACCCGGCGAUCUCUCGGUUACGGUUACGUCAACUAUAGCAAUCCUCAGGAUGCGGCAAGGGCAAUCAAUUUACUGAACUUCACUCCAUUGAACAAUAAGCCCAUCAGAAUCAUGUAUUCUCAUCGAGACCCUAGCAUUCGCAAGAGUGGAACUGCGAAUAUAUUCAUCAAGAAUCUAGACAAGGCAAUUGACCACAAAGCAUUGCAGGAUACAUUUUCUGUUUUUGGGAAUAUUCUAUCAAGCAAGAUAGCUACUGAUGCCAAUGGCCAGUCUAAAGGCUAUGGUUUUGUUCAAUUUGAAAAUGAAGAGUCUGCACAGGAUGCAAUAGACAAGUUAAAUGGAAUGCUAUUAAAUGACAAACAAGUGUUCGUCGCACACUUUCUUCGUAGGCAGGAAAGAGAGAGUUCAUUGAGUAAGACAAAAUUUAAUAAUGUGUAUGUGAAAAAUCUAUCAGAAGCAACAACUGAUGAAGACUUUAAGAAAAUUUUUGGUGAAUAUGGAAAAAUUACCAGUGCUGUGGUGAUGAGGGAUGCAGAUGGAAAAUCAAAGGGUUUUGGUUUUGUCAAUUAUGAAAAUGUAGAUGAUGCUGCCACAGCAGUUGAGGCACUGAAUGGAAAGGUGGUGGAUGACAAGGAAUGGUAUGUUGGGAAAGCCCAGAAAAAAUCUGAAAGAGAACUUGAACUGAAAGGAAGAUUUGAGCAGAGUAUGAAGGAAGCAGUUGACAAAUAUCAAGGGUUGAAUUUGUAUGUUAAGAAUUUAGAUGAUAGUAUUAGUGAUGAAAAUCUGAAGGAAUUGUUCGCUGAGUUUGGUACAAUCACUUCAUGCAAGGUUAUGCGUGAUCCCAGUGGGGUUAGUAGAGGUUCUGGAUUUGUUGCUUUCUCAACUUCUGAAGAAGCUUCUCGAGCUCUUGAUGCAAUGAAUGGUAAAAUGGUUGUCAGCAAACCUCUCUAUGUUGCGGUUGCACAGCGGAAAGAAGAGAGAAGGGCAAGGUUACAGGCACAAUUUUCACAGAUGAGGCCUGUUGCAAUGGCACCAUCUGUUGCUCCACGUAUGCCAAUUUUCCCUCCUGGCGCUCCAGGUCUUGGUCAACAGUUUUUGUACGGGCAAGCACCCCCGGCUAUAAUUCCUCCACAAGCUGGAUUUGGUUACCAGCAGCAACUACUUCCUGGAAUGAGGCCUGGAGGGGCUCCAAUGCCAAAUUUCUAUGUUCCACUGGUCCAACAGGGUCAGCAGGGCCAGCGCCCAGGAGGCCGGCGUGGAGCUGGUCCUGUGCAGCAUACGCAGCAGCCUGUGCCACUGAUGCAGCAGCAGAUGCUUCCUAGGGGACGUGUCUAUCGUUAUCCACCUGGUCGAAACAUGCCAGAUGUUCCAAUGUCUGGUGUAGCUGGAGGCAUGCUCUCAGUUCCUUAUGACAUUGGUGGUGGACCAAUGCGAGAUGCAGUGCUAGGACAGCCUAUGCCCAUUCAGGCUUUAGCUACGGCUCUUGCAAAUGCUACGCCUGAACAACAGAGGACGAUGCUGGGUGAAGCAUUAUACCCUCUAGUGGAUCAGCUGGAGCAUGAGUCAUCAGCCAAGGUUACCGGUAUGCUCCUGGAAAUGGACCAGACUGAGGUCCUGCAUCUGCUGGAGUCGCCAGAGGCUUUGAAGGCAAAAGUAGCGGAGGCCAUGGACGUCCUGAGGAAUGUUGCAAAUGUUGCACAGCAGCAGGCCAACAGUCCUGCUGAUCAGCUAGCUGGAUUGUCUCUGAAUGACAAUCUUGUCUCUUGAGCUGGUCGAUUGGAAGGGGGCGGCACAUUUGAUGUGUUUUCAGCCACAUUUGAAUUGACUUCAUUUUUUUUUUAAUAGGGGGCACCUGGAUUCUGUUCCUGGCAUUAUUACUUCUAUUUAGAUUUUAAAGUUUGGGAGUUUGGCUAUGCUUCGCAUUUCUAUAUUGUGUAGGAUUCUUAUCUUCCUACAUCAGUUGUGUUUUGGAAACAAAAUUUGAAUGAUUUUGACUUUAAGCUAUUGUUACCGUCUCA